AUGGAAAAACAGUACAUACGCUCAUAUAUAAAAACUCGUUGGUUAUUAGGUUUAACAGCUGCACAAAUUCAUGGUGAAUUAACUACUGCUUAUGGACAGGAUGUAGUUUCAUAUUGUACAGUUACUCGAUGGAUUGAACGAUUUUCAAAUGAACGAGAAUCUUUGGAAGAUAAUCCUCGAAGUGGUCGUCCAAUAGCCAUCAUUACUCAACAAAAUAUUGAUGCUGUUAAAGACUUGUUUGAAAGUGGUGCAUGGAAAUUAGGUGAUAUAGUCAUAGGUGAUGAAAGUUGGUUUUAUCAUCGCAAAAUUAAAUCAAAACAAGAAUCUAAAGCAUGGGUAGCGAAAGGACAAAAUCCUCCAACAGAAGUAAGAAGACAACAAUUUGAAGAAAAAACGAUGUUCGUUAUUUUUUUUAUGACAACUGGACCAUUACUUAUUCAUCAGUUACCACCCGGAACAUCAAUCAAUGCCAUAUAUUAUCGUGAUGAAUGUUUAAAAAGCUUAGUCCAAAAGUUACACAAAAAAAGACCAUCAUCAACACCAAAUGGCAUUAAGCUCCAUCAUGAUAAUGCAAGACCACAUAUCAAUGAUAUCGUUUUUAAUUAUCUUCAAGAAGAAAAAAUCAAAGUUAUGGCUCAUCCACCAUACUCACCAGACCUUGCUCCUUCAGACUUUUGGUUGCUCAGUUGUCUGAAACGUAGUCUUGAUACAUAUCCAGAUGCUACAAGUUUAGCUAAAGAACUAUUUGAUAGAAAUGGAGAUAAUGCUUUAGAAUAUAUGAAAAUAUUGGUUAAUGAUAUGGAUACUCUUCGUACUAUUCCAGAACUUGAGACAAAGUGUGCUGGAACAUAUUAUCAUACGAUUGAAAACAUACGUGGUUACAUGCAACAACUACAAGGAGAAGCAGAAAAGUUAGUCAUUGCUAUUGAUCAACAGUCAGGUAUCACCAACUAUAGACAUAUUGCACGUUCAUUGGCACGUUUGAAAAAUGCCUCAUGGAUCGAUCAGAUUAGUCCAGGAAUAUAUGAUAAUGUAAUGCGUCGUAUUACAGAAGAAUUAGUGCAAUAUGCUUGUCAAUUGGAAGAUAGUUUCAUGAAAGUAGAUUUUAGUUUGAAAUGUCCAGAGAAUGUUUCUAUUGCGAAAGAGAUUGUUGACAAAAUUGAAUCUAUGCAAGAUUUAGAACGUAGUAUUCCAGAAUUAGAAAAGUAUAGAAAUAGUAUCCUCCAGCGUUUUUUGCGUUGUACACAGGAAGCUUUCGAUCGAAUACAAAAGACUUUUAAUUUACAAGAUAAAGAUCUUUAUCAAAUAAAACAGAAGUUAAAAGAACUUGAAGAAAUUAAACGAGAAUAUAGUAAUUUACAUCCAGCUCGUAUUUAUCUACAAAAACAAGGUUAUUCAAACAUCAAUAUGCUAACUAAUGACAUGGAAGAGUUAAAAGUAAAAAGAAAACUGGAAAAUGAUGUAUUACUAGCUGCGCAAUGUGAUAUGGGAUCUGAGUUGCAAAAUUUAAACUCAAUUGUUCAAAACUACAUGAAUCUGUUGUCUUCGUCAUCGACAGAUCAAGAUGUAUUUCAAACAUUGUCAAGUAUGAUAGGAUUAGAUUUUCAAAACCAAAGCUCACAGACAGAUACUUAUUUAAGAUCAUUAGGAUAUUCAUGUAUUGAAUCAGUAUACGAAAAGAUUUUAGACGUUAAGAAAAAUUAUCGUCAAAAAUUACAACGAAUUGAAGAUCAAAAUACAGAAUUAAGUCUUUUAUUAGAUCGUCUUGAAUCCAUAAAAAAAGAGCAUGACUUACUGAUAACUACUCGUCAUUCACCUUCUGAAGAAGCUAGUUUUCUUCAAGAAAAAGGAUUCAACAGUUAUGAAUUACUUGAUAAUAGUAUACAAGAAAUAACAAGAGUUAUUAAUGAACAGGGAAGAAAUCAACAAUCAUAUCAUUUUAAUGAUAGAUUAAAUGCUUUAACAGCAAAUAAUGCAUUAAUAUAUAUACGUCAAUGUGAAAAAGUAGGUCAUGAUCGUGUAAGAGAAAAUGCUAUUGAUGCCAAUGAAAACUUACGAAAAUAUAUAAGAGAAUAUGGUAUUUUUUUAAAACAUGAAAUAAUUACAAAAUUUAAUUAUAUGCACACUGUUGACGAUGAAAAGGAUCCAUUUUUGUAUUCUCAAGAUUUAGAAAUACGUCUACAAGAGUUGUCAUCUUUCAGUCGAUUUUCGUAUGUCUUCGAAUGUAUAAAUGAAGCUGAAAUGAUAGAAGAUUUUCAUCAGAAAUUUCUUGAAUUUCAUCGUACUUUAAGUUCUAAAAUGGAAGAAUAUAAAAAUCCUUCUAAAAUUAAAGAAUUAAGAAAUCAAGUAAUCAUUGCACAAGCAUUAACUUGUGUUGAUCGUUUCUGUGCAAAUAUUUUUUCUGGUAAUGGAUUUGCAGCUUUAUACAGACAAUAUGAAGGAGAAAUACAUAAAGAAUGUAGAAUAGCAUAUAAAACUGUUUUAGAUCAUAUAUCGAAAGGAGACUAUGCAAAUGCAGAUAUGGCAUUAUCUGAUAUUCAGGAUAAACCUUUAAAUCCAAGAGAUAAAGCUCAAAUUCAGAAUGAUUUACAUUGCUCUUUAAAUAAGCUCAUGAAAGACACAAAAAGUAUUGCGAAUUGGCUCGAUGGAAAAAUUGAAAGAGAAGAUAAUAGAAGUCAAAUAACUGAAAUUAAAGAAAAUAUUGAGAAAAUUCGAAUUGCUUGUAAUAAACAUAUGAUUAUGAAACUUCUUGAUGAAGAUAUACAAACUAGUCUUCAAAAAUUUGACAAUGAAAUUAAUGAGAUUUUAUCUAGAAUCAUUUUAAAAGGAUUGAAUUCUAUUGAAGCAUUUAUGGAUGCUGAUAGUUUUUCUGAAGCCGAACAUGGCAUGGAAACUCUUAGUAAAGUACAACGUGAAUUAGCAGGCUAUUGUAUAUCAUCAGAUGUAACUAAGAAAAGUGACGAACUAAGAGAAAGUUUGGAUCAAAUAGUUACCAAAAUUUUGGAACGAAGUGAUUUUGAAGAUGUUAAUAAAUAUUCUAUCAAUUCACCAAAAGAUCUUUUAGCUAAAUUAAAAAUGGUUGCUUCUCAUGGUAGUGCUAGAUUUACUCAAGCUCAUAAUUCGAUGGUAGGAAAAAUUAGACAAACUUUUAGUUUAGCUAUUGAUCAAGUUCAUAAAGCUUCUUUAAAUGAACGUUCUCUGAAAAUUCAUUCAUUAAAUUAUGCACUAUGUUUUUUACCGGAAGAUUUACAAAUUCAGUUUAAAUUACAAAUUGAUGAGUUGAGUAAGUUAAUUAUCGAUGAAGAAACGGCAUACAGACAGGAUCUUGAGAGAUCAUUUACAAAUAUAAAUGAAGAUGAACAUGCUAUUACAAGAUUAGGAGUUCUAGCUGAAAAAUACAGCAAACAUGAUAUGCAUGAUCUUCUUAAAACACUACGAGAACAAUGUCUUAAACAAUUACAUAUGUAUCGAAUGAACAUACAAAAGUUUUUCGAUGAACAAAAUGUACAAUCUGCUAUCGAUACUAUUAAGAAAAUAUUAAAAUAUGAAGAAUCAGUCGGUUAUUAUAUUUCUGAAAUAAAAGAAGUUUGA